AUGCCACACGCGAAAUCCCUCUUCAGCGUCGCGCCUGCCUCUUCCGCGGCCGGGCGAGCGCUGCGACCUAGCGUGACGUGCAACCUCGAGCGAUUGGUGUGCCGAUUACAUCGGUGUGCGGUUGAGAAGGCUCAAGCGGCACGCGACGCCGCUUCGGCUCAGCUCAAGCUGCUGCUCGAGCAAAAGCCGUUGCUCAUUCGGCGCGCCGAGGCAGAUCAGCUUGUAGAGGACGGCCGGUCUGCCGGCGUCGCAGAGCAGCUUCUAGGCAAGGCAUCAAAGUGCAUCAAGACGGCCGGAGCUGCGCAGCAGUCGACCCUUGCAGAGCUGGCGACACUGGCCUCCACGCCACUCCUCGACGUCGAGCCGGCCCGGGCGAAACGAUGCCUCGAGGCGGCGAGGACCGUGCCCGAUGUCGAUGUGACGCUUCUCGAGUCAGCAUCAAAAACACUCAAUUCGGCCGAGGAGGCGAUUCGUGCGCGAGACAAGGCCACCGCCGCGCUGAGAGCAGCACUCGAGUCGGAGCAGCUCAGCGCAGAUCUCAACACUCUGCGCGCAUCACGAGACGCCGCGGCCGCUGCGUCUGUUGCCAAGAGCUUGCUCAACGACGCAGACAAAUUCAUCCAGCAGGCUGCUGCGCGUCAGGCGGCGAAGGCUCGCGCAGAUGCUGCCAAGGCGGCCGUCGACGCGUUUUCCGAGGUGCCUCCCCUUACGUUGAGGCUCGAGGACGCACAGGCAGCCAUUCGCGAGGGCAGAGCAGCGGGUCUGGAUGCGGCGGCAAUCGCCCCGCUCGAGGCCAAGGUAAAGGCUGCUGAGAAGGCAAUGCGGGAGCGCGAGAGGUUGACGGAGGAGCUCAAGACCCUCAACGAGCAGGACGCUGUUGCCGUCAAUGUCGCGGCGCUAAAGGAGGCGAUCGCCGCCGGCCAAGCGGCCGGGGUGUCGGAUGAGGUGAUGCAAGUGUCAGUGGGGCGCGUGUCCCUCGCCGAGGCUGUGCAGGCCGCCGCCGCGGUGGCCGACCAGGCACUCGAGCGACUGCUAGAGACUCCAAAGGAGUACGUCGACGUCGAGGAGGCAAAGGAAGAGAUUGCGGAGAUGCGGAGCAAAGGGGCGAGCGCGGCCAUGGUCAAUAAGGCAGAGAUGCAUGUGGAGGAGGCAGCAAAGGCGCAGCGCAGGCUUGACGAGGCCAGGCAGGCCUUGCAAGACGUGAGCACCUCCGAGCCUCUCUCGCUCGACGUGGCAGACGGCCGAAAGCGGCUCUCAGAGGCCCGAGCCGCAGGCGUCGAGGAGUCGCUGAUUGGCAGCGCUAGCCGGCAUGUCGAGACCGCUGUGGAGGCACAAGCCAAGCGCGAUGCGGCGUGGGAGCAGCUGGUGGCCCUUGCUGAGUGCCCCCCUGGCGAGAUGGACGUUGUGCAGGCUCAGGAUGUGUUUCGUCAGGCAUGGCAGGCAGGCGUGGAUGAGGAUAAGCUGGAGGCGGUAGUGGCGCUGGUCGAGAAGGAGGCGGAGUUGCAGCAGAAGAGAGAGGACGCCCUCGUCGCACUCGAGGAGGUCCUGGACGCUGCCCCGCUGGAGAUUGAUCUUCCCUCAGCCCGCUUCAUGCUUGCUGAUGCCGAGGCGAACGGAGUCACCGCGACCAACCUUGCGGCGGCCCGGGCGACGAUCGAAUUCGCGGAGAAGGCGCAGUCGCAGGAGCGAGAAGCGCCGAGGGGAGAUGAGUUCCAGAUGGCGGAGGACAUGGAGUUCAUCAGGGAGGAUAUCUCGGUCGGCUGA